GGAGCGCUGCUAGAGGCGCAUGCUCUGUCGUCGCCCUCGAAGCGAAGGAGGAGGGUCGGCUGAGGAGCCAGACAAAGCCCCGCCCCCUCAGCCGAGGCCCCGCCCCAGCCCUGUCGCCUUUCUCCUCUUGGUUUCCCCGAUGGAGGCGCUGCGAGCGGCGGGACGGGCUGUGCUCAGGAGCCCCAGUCUGGCGCGGCAUCGCUUGGGCGUCUCCCGCCUCCGCCGACACCGGCAACAACUCCCAGAGACCUGGACUGACAUGCGCGAGCCCCUCCUGGAGGGCAUGGGGUUUGCCCUCAAGUACCUGGGCAUGACACUGGUGGAGAAGCCUAAAGGGGAGGACAUGGCAACCGCAGCCAUCCACCGGAUCAUUGCCAUGGCUCGAGUGGGACCCAAGAAGUUCCAGAAGGUGAUUCUGACUGUCUCGCCCCGCGGCCUUUCUCUGCAGGAUGCCGAGACAAAGGAGACCAUUGAAAAUGUCUCCAUCUACAGGAUUUCCUAUUGCACCACGGACAAGCUGCAGAACAAGGUCUUUGCCUAUGUAGCACAGAACUCGCAGAGUGGAGCACUCGAGUGCCAUGCUUUUUUGUCGCCCAAGAAGAAGAUUGCCCAAGCUGUGACACUGACUGUGGCACAGGCCUUCCAGGUAGCCCUGGAUCUUUGGGAGGCUGCACAGGCAGGUUCCAGGCAGGAGCACCCGCUGAGUACGCUCUGCCCCAUGGAAAGCCCUUGCCAGCCAGUCAGGUCACCCAUGGGUAGCCCCCCCUUCAAGGCAAACUUUGAGGAUGAUGAUGAAGAGGAAGAGGAGGAAGAGGAAGGUGAUCUCCCGGAAACUUUUUCCAGCUGCACGGAGGAGGGUGGCCAGCCCACAACAGAUGAGGGGUGCCUUGCGUUUGGGAGCUCCCCAGUCACACAGUUCCAGUCAGAGGCAGCCAUGGGAAGUGGUCACCCCAACAGCUGCCUGCCUCCAGGGACGCUUUUCUAAGAUCAGCUUGGACACCGCCAUCCUUGCCAUCUCCAGCACCACUUGUAUGUAGCACACAAAGGACCAGCCAGUCUUCCUCAGCCCUCCUGGUGCAGCUCCCUGAUUGGCCGGCAUCACCUUACUGAACUCUGAGCCUCAAUUAGCCUUAGGGUCACCAGCAGUGCUCCUGUUGCUUGCCUGAGUCACCGGAGGGGGGAAUGCUCCAAGCUCUGCCUGUGGCAAGGGGUGUUCUGGGACCUCCUGUGGGGGUGUCUAGUAAUGGUGCUGGGCCUUGUUCAAAGGCCCCCCCUGUAGGCCAAGAGGUGCAUCCCACCUCUGGCCAGGUGUGCUGCAAAGCAGGGAGACUGGUCCCAAUCGCCCUUUCCCUUGCUUCUUGGAGGGAGCUGUGUGUUGUGGAGGUACAGAGGAAGUCUGGCCUCUGUUGCCGGCUUUCUGCACGGUCUGGUGCAAAGGCAGCAACUCCUCCAUGCCCUUCCCCUUGUCUCUCAUCACUGCCAAAUCACAGCUUUGUAGAGAAAGAUGUUAGUUUUUCAUGUCCUUUUCUAAAGGGAAAUAAACUAUUUGUACUGUUGUA